AGCAUUCAAUAUUAUGAAAACAAUGUAUGGUGGUUUUGGUGAAGUUGGUGCUAGUAAAGUUGAUUGUAAGAAUUAUAGAAGGGAUUUGAAUCUUUACAUCGGAGAGUAUGAUGCUGAAAUGGUAGUUAGGCGUCUUAUUAGGAAGAAAGAAUGUUGUCCUGGUUUCACAUGUGAUUAUGUUAUUGGUGAAGAUAGAAGAUUGAAAGGGCUUUUCUGGGCUGAUGAGCAAUCAAAAAAAAUUAUACAGUGUUUGGUGACAUAUUUGGUUUUGAUGCUACUUAUAAAUCAAACAAGUAUGAUUUGGUUUUUGUACCAUUUACUGGUAUUGAUAAUCAUUUUAGGAAUGUCACAUUUGGUGGUGCAUUACUUGGUUCGGAGACUGCAGAUUCUUAUAGAUGGCUUUUAAGGUGCUUUGUUA